UGAUUGUUUUGAACUUGAUAUAGCUCGGGAUACUCGAAAGUACUACAAUCUAAGUAACCAUUGUCUAGUGAAAAGUAGCUUUUUGUUCACCUGCCAAAUUAAAUCAAUUUUGAUUGUUUCCCUGCUGUUCACCCCAGUGAAAUUAUGAACCCAGAAAUCUUCAAAAUCGCCGGUGCCCUCGUGGUGCCCCAGAUGGGCGGACUAGUCCACGACUACCUGACCAUGUCCGACUUUGAAGACUGGUACCAACACUUGAAUGUCCCCCCGUUCAAACCUCCAACCAGCAUAGCUCUUCCGAUGUGGACCAGCCUGCACCUCGGAAUGGGUUACGCGUCGUAUCUGGUGUGGAAAGAUGGCGGAGGGCUCAACGGUGCCGCCCGGGUACCCAUGGCCCUGUACGGAACAAAACUGGCACUCAAUUGGGUUUGGACAACGAUGUCCGUCAAGCUGCGUAGUCUGAAAUGGAUUUUCGUGGAAUCUCUUGUCCAUGCCGGUGCGGUUGCAGCCACUGGGAUUGCCUUCUUUAAAGUGAAUAAGAUUGCUGGCUAUAUAUUCAUACCGUACUUUGCAUGGUGCUCAUUUAAUUCAUUGCUAAACUUUGAAGUUUACAGACGUAAUCUUGGAGAAGGCAGAACCAUCGAAGAGGAAGGCGGUUAAAAUUGUUUAUAUAAUGUUGGGGACAGUUUAGCAUUCAGCUUAUAUCAUUAAGCUGAGUGACAUAUAUUUGUCUAAAUAAAUCAUCUGGUGCUACCUUUUGA